AUGCACGUCUUGUCUGUCUUAGGGUUCGCCGGCCUCUCGGCGGCUUCCGCUAUUUCCAGCGUUGCCGUUCCGGUCACUACAACAACUGCCAUUGCUACGACUACUUCGACUACGUCUACUGCGACGACAGAUUCUACGUCAAGUUCUUCAACUUCUACAACCGUCGUCACCGUCGCAACAGACAGCAGUGGUCAGUUCACCAUGAUUGGCGAUGCUACCACCUAUGCACAAAGCCAUGGACUCCCGACCGUGACCGUCCUUGCGGCUACAUAUACUCAAGCGGUGGCUGUAUCUGCAACUCCUACCAUGACUGUCAUUGGUCAAAGGGAUGUCACCGACGACUACACUCAGAACAAAGUCACCCUAGCCAAUGGCGGUACCAUCCUGACUAGGCUGCGGCAUGUCGUACGAUAA